AUGAGGCUCUCUGCCCUUACCUUCGCCCUCGCGGCGACCGCCAGUGCGCGCAACGUCUUCCGGCACGAAGGAAGCUCGUCAGCUCUAAUCAAGCGUGGCGAUGAACCCGAUCUCUCCGUCCCCGGCGACAACCCGCUGAGCUUUUGCGAUGCCAACCGUGAGGACGACUUGAUCGUCAUUGAGGAGGUGAACCUGUCGCCAAACCCGCCUGAAGCUGGUGCGACCCUCGACAUCAUCGCCACCGGCACGGUGAACGAGCGAAUCCUUGAGGGCGCCUAUGUCCUCAUUGAGGUCAAAUACGGCUACAUCCGCUUGGUCAGUACCACGGCCGACUUGUGCAAAGAAAUCAAGAACGUCGACCUUGAAUGCCCAAUCGAAAAGGGCCAGCUCAAGAUCACCAAGUCUGUCGACUUGCCCUCUCAAAUCCCGCCAGGAAAAUACACUGUCCGCGCCGAUGUCUACAGUGCCGAUGACGAUCACAUCACCUGCUUGACUGCCUCAGUAGUGUUUGGUGGAAAGAAAUCGCUUAGCGAUAUUCUCGAUCUCUAA